CUGGCAACCGCGCAACCAUUCCUGGUGAAGUUCCAUGGCGACUGCCCCAGCACAGACGUUGCCGGCUGUGCCAGUGACAACUAGCAGCACUGGACCUACAGCAGUGACUACUACGGCACCAGUCGUUUCUACAGCACCAGUGACGACUACAGUCCCCAGCACGGCAUAUCAGGUUUGGCAGGGACUGCAAGGAGCAGUCCUGUGCGAUGCCGACCGAUUGUGCGGGCCCAACCGAGCCUAUGUUAGGUCACCUGCGAAUGUUGCCACUCCGACGAUUGUGUCCACAUCGCCCACAGCUGCCUUCGUCAGUGGAGGACCUGUUUCCACGUCGCUGCAAGCCCCUCCCUUCAUGCAGAGUAUUGGAAGUCAGGCACAGCCAAUUAUGACACUGCCACAAGCACAGCCAAUGCCUGCUGCUCCAGCUGUGACAUCAUCCUCGGGAGUUUUUGUGCCUUCUCCUGUUCCUGGAGCUGGUUCGCCUGUCAUCACCUCCGUUCAGCCCGGCUCUGGGUUUGUGCCAUCUCCAUCUGGCAAUGCGAGCUUCGUGGUGACUAGUAUGAGUGGUGCAUCACCCGUGGCUGUCGCGCCCGGGACUGCAGCAGUGCCCAUGCAAUCUCCGCCAGCGUUCCAAAACAUUCCCGCAGGUGCAGAUCCUCCCUUCCCUGCCAAGCCAGCAGCCAAAGCCAAGGAGGAGAAGCCCAAACGAUCCAAAAAAAAGAAGGCCAAAUGCUGCGGCUGCUUCUGAGAGGAUUGGUGAAAUGGAAGAAGCCCAUGAUGGACAUAAUCAGGCAAUCUGGGCUUCCCGUUCUUAGGCCAGCUGCAGUGUGCAGCCGUGAUCCUUUUGCACCAAUGAUUGAAGAACAGACGUAGCAAGACAGAUUUGAAGAGCAGCUUGCUAUGCCACGCUAUCUAAAGGAAGAGCAGCUAGAAAC